GGGACAGAUGUCUCGGGAUCUUUAACAUUUGGGAUGCUGCAAAUGCCGAAGUUAAAGGGAAUACCUCCGGGGAGGGCGGGCCGGGGGGAGGGCCGGCGGCCUGGACACGCGGGUCGUGCGGCUGCGGGUCCUGACCGGGGCGCGCGGGCGCGGGCGCGGGCUCGCGGCGCCGCAGCUCCGGGGGACAGCCGGGGAAACCCCGGGCCGCCUACACAUCCUGGGCCAGGCUGGGAAGGGUGUCCUGCCUCCCUGCCGGGUGCCCCCUCCCAGAGAGCAGCCAUGGAGAGUAAGGAUGAGGUCAGCGACUCGGACAGCGGUGUCAUCCUGCAGUCUGGGCCCGACAGCCCGGUGUCCCCGCUGAAGGAGCUGAAGGAGGCGAAGGAGCUGACCUACGCCAUGCGCAAGCAGCAGCGGGCCCUGGAGGAGCGCCUGGAGGCCUGCCUGGGGGAGCUGAGGAGGCUCUGCCUGCGGGAGGCGGAGCUGACGGGCAUCUUGCCAGCCGAGUACCCCCUCAAGCCCGGGGAGAAGGCCCCCAAGGUCCGCCGCAGGAUCGGAGCAGCGUACAAGCUGGAUGAGCAGGCCUUGCUCGGGCAGGACCCCCUGAGCAGCCUGGAGCAGGAGCUGGCCCUGCAGCUGCACAUCGCGGAGGCCGCGCGGCGGCUGAGCCGGGAGGAGAAGCUGGGCCGCCAGGCCCGCCGGCAGCGGAAGCACGCGGUGCUGCGGGAGGAGGAGAAGCUGCGGGCGCUGGAGCGCUGCCUGGGCGAGCAGCGGCGCCACCGGGGGUCCCUGCCCGCCGCCGCCCUGCCGCUGGGCCGAGAGCUCAGUGCUUCCGACGACAGCUCCCUGUCGGACAUGCUGCUUCCGGAGGAAGAGGACGCCCCGGUGCCAAAGCCGGCCCCAGCAUCCUCGCCCCAGAGCCCAGAGGGGCUGCCGGCCACAGGGCUUGAGACGGGGGUCCUGGACCGGGCCCCCAUCCAGAACGGCCCCUGGAAGGAGACCAGCCUGGACCGACCCUAUGAGAAGCCCGGGAGGACUUCGGACCCCACUAGCGAGUCUAGCAGCCCGGCCACCACGCCGCAGGACGGGCCCAGCACCUCCAGCCUGUGGCUGCUGGAACCUGCCUCCUACCACGUGGUCCCCGUCCGCAGGGCUCCUGGCCAGCGGCAGGGCCGGACCAGUGCCCCCACCACCCCAGACAUGCAGGGGAAGAGGGGCCAGUCGCAGUCUCUGAGGAUGGACUCCUUCCGGGCAGGUCCCCGCCGCCGCCCUACACACUACACAGUGACCGUGCCCAGUUCCUGCUGGCCCCUGAGUGGCCCCCCGCGGCCGCCUCACGCCCCCCACUCCUGCUCUGAGGACAGCAGCUCCGACGGCUCCAGCGUGUCCCACGCGCCCUCACCCGGCAGCAGCAGCCCCGACAUCUGUGCCCUGCGGCCGCUGUCCCCACCCAGGGCGCCCGGCCACCAUGGGGCCUGGGGCCCGGCAGCGCCCCAUCCAUCGCUGCUGCUGCCCCCCGGGCCCUGCCCGGCCGGGCGGUACGUGGUGGUGGCCGAGGGCUGCCUGCCGCCCAGCGAGCUGGACCUGGUGGCCCGUGAGGAGGAGGGGCUGGCCCUUCGUCUCCAGCAGCUGCAGCAGCUGCAGCAGCACGUGCGCCCCCGAGGCCGCCUGGCGCGCGCGCCCUCCCUCAAGGACAGCCCCGCCGGCCGGGCGCUCUGCCGGGCGGCCGUGAGCCAGGAGCUGCAGUCCUGGCAUGAGCGCGUCCGGCUGCGGAGCGCGCGCCCCCACUCGCUGGACCGCCACGGGGCCUUCCGCGUGCGCAGCCUGCCCCCUGGGCGGGGCCUGGGGCCCCGGACACAGGUGCCCACGGUGUGUGUGCUCCGCAGAUCACCUGAGGGGGCCCCUGUGCAGGUCUUCGUACCCGAGAACGGAGAGAUCAUCAGCCAGGUGUAGGCGUGGCCAGGUGUGCCCUGUGCUGCGCGGGCUGCUCCUGGGGGGCCGAGACCCCACCUCCUGUGCCUUCUGCAGCUCCCCGUCCCUGUCGCGGGUCGACGACCUGGAGCUGAGACUUCCCUUUUCUACUAGUUUUUGUUCAGAAGUACCGAGGGCGUAUAGUGUCCUGUACUCGAGAUCCCUGUCACGUGGUGAUGCCGGACCGAGGCCUUGUCCGUCUGUCUGCCCGACAGCGUCUCCUUAUGCAAGAUGGGGCGGGACACAGGCAGACAAGGCUGUGUCGGUCCCCAAAUGCUCGCCCUCUGAUUCUGAGACUACCCCUGGGGAACAGCCUGGCCCCCCUGACCCCUGUGCUGUGUGCACACCCCUCCCCGUCUCCCAGCUCUCUGGGUGCCUCGGGGUGCCGGGCUGGGGAGCCUCCUCCCCCUACAAUGUGCUCUGUGACGCACACGCCAAGUGGGGGACAGAGGUCUGUCCAGGUGGAGGACUGUCUUCCUUGGCCCUUACUUUCCUGAGCCCUUGAAUCCUGUGCAGGGCCCCAGGCAUGUCCACUUGGGGCCUGUGGGCUCCCGGAUUCUCCCGACCUCUGAGCCUUGAGUCUGAGGCCUCACCAGGUCAGCCUCAGGAGCCCCCGCUGGAGAACAGCUCAAGCUGAAGACCGACACGGGACGGAUGUUGCAGAGGGGCACCACCGUGUGGCACCUCUGAGGCCCAGGCGGGGUCACAGCCCCUUGCAGUCCACGCGCCGCCCUGCGUCAGCCCUGAGACCGGACGUCCUGGCCCUAAUCAGACGGGAGCACCCGCCCGAACAGCGUCAUGAACUGUCCCAGCCGCUGAGACCUGAGGGGGCCUGGAGCUGCUGGCUCAGACCAGAGGGGGUCCCUGCCCCGGACGCGGGGUCUCUGCUGCGAGGAGAGCCCUGGGUUCUGACUUCACCCACGCAGACCCUUCCCUCCGAGUUCCCUGGACUCGGUCGUGCAGCUGCAGCUUCCGAGAAAUGGGUGCCUAACUGCGAGACCCGUCCUCCCAGCUGGACAGCGGGGUUGCCCACCGCACGGGCGGGUGCGGAGGGCAGAGCCCAGGCGGCCGGCGCAGAGUCGGGGGGAGGGGCAGCCCUGCAUGUCGACUGUCCCACUUUGGAUGCUGUGUUCGGUGUGUCCCCAAGCCCCUCCCCAGACCCAGCCAUCUCCCUCCGGGUGUCCUCUGGUGUGCCGGGCCAGGACACGACUGAGCGCCCACUGCCCACACACCUGAGCGUCCUGUAUGUUAACUUAUUGGUCCCGUGUGAUGCCCGGCCACGUCCGCA